AUGGCAUCAUCCUCGUCCUCGUCCUCUUCAAUCGCGGCACGGGAUCAUGAAAUUCCCGAGACAACAACUGCGAUGCCUCAAUUGGAUACUCUGAUUACCCACCUCUUAGCCGCGAAGCGUUCACUUACCUCAAUCAACCAUGUUUGGCGUGCAAAUGAGAUAGUCACUGCUGCUCGGUCCGCCUUGGAAGAAAGUGUCGUGGUGUCCUCCCGGACAGGUUUUCUACGUCGGGGCCUUAACAAUCAAAUACGUCUCCUCUUUAAUGUCCGAUCGGAGGUAGAGAAAAUAUCAUCUCGUGGUCGGGAGGAAUUCUCAGAAGCGCUCAAGAGUUUGGAUGCUGCAGACGCCCGUCUUCGAGGUACACUAGAUCUUCUGAGGGAGACUAUUGUCCAUGCCUCAUUUCGCCCCAAGGAUGAAGAAGAGAAGAGUCUACAUGAUUUUGUGGACGAACGCGGGGUGGCAGAGCUGCAUGCCUCCCUCAAAAGUUCUAUUGACCGUACAAAUGACGCGCGUGCUGAGCUAGAAACUUCUAACUGUGAAUUCGAUGAUGAACUUGAUGCUGUUCGAAAAGCGCUGCGAAAUUACAGAUCUACUGCCAGAAUGGCAUCCUCGCGUGCAUCAGCGUCUUCAUCAUCCUCAUCCUCAUCGGAACUCGAUUUUCUUGCACUAUCGUUGAUGCCAGGCAGGCUCCGUUCACUGGAGUCGCAUGCGCAAGAGAUGGCCGAUCUUUUGUCAUCCCUCGUUACCCACUUUGAUCUCUGUGUCACGGCAGUCAAGCAUACCGAGGGUGGGGGUGCUGUGGCUCGUUCCAUCACCGGCGAUAUGUCUGCCGAGGUCGGAAAAAGUGGUGAAGGCCUAUCUAACAUUGGCCAGGAAAUCAAUGCAAAUCUGAAUGCCCCACUGGACCCCAUGACGGACCAAGAGUAUGAAGAAAUGUUGCAUGUUUUGGUGAAAGAUGCGCUCGAGGCCGACGAUGUGGUUAUGGAAAUCCAGGACCGAAUCAGUGAAAUGGAGUCCGUCUUUGAACAAGUUUGUCUUCAGCGUGAUGCCUUGCUUUCAAUAUCAGCAGCCACUCUCGAGGUUCAUUGCCAUCUUUCUACUCUAGCUUCUACCCGUUUGCCCCGGUACAUAUCGCAAGCUCAUAACUUCACCCAAGUAUGGAGUGAAGAGAAUGACCGCUUCAACUCCGGUUUAACCGAACUCUCCGACUUACACUCUCUGUACGACGGGUUUCUUAACGCCUAUGACAGUCUAAUACUGGAAGUUGCUCGCCGAAGGCAGGUUCGUCAUCGCGUAGAGAAAGUUCUUCGUGAGACAAGGCACAAGUUGACUCAAUUGUACAACGAUGAUGUUGCUGCUCGUGAGGCGUUUCACGUGGAGCAAGGUGACUUCCUGCCAUCGGACAUUUGGCCGGGAAUCGGACAUGCCCCUAUGCAUGUGAAGUUCCAGCGCAUUACUGGUGGCCAUCUCGAAGACGCCUUGCCGCAGCCAGAAGGCCAAGAUGCGCCUCCUAGCGAAGCACCAGUUCCCACUGGCACCAUAGUCGAUGCGGACGAAGGCAGUACAGAGGGAGAAAUUAUCCCCGACUUGCCAAAAGAGGUGGUUGAGCAUGCGUAUGCACGUUUAAAGGCUCGAACUCGAGAUUUUGUUUGA